AAGCAGAUAUGCAGGGGGAAUUGCAAGUGUAUGGAGGCCGGUUCUCCGGCUGGCAGCAGCGGGUCUGUUGGAUCGAUGACCAGACGCUUGUAUGCGCCCCAUCAGCAAACGCAAAGCCCACGUUGAAGAUGGACUUACAAGGCGCACAAAUUGUGGAGGCCAGCAACCGCAACCUCUCCAACGCAUUUGAGAUCACGACCAAAGGGAAGACGCUGUCUGUGCAGGCUCCAUCGCGAACAGACCUGGACAAGUGGUACGAUGCCAUCCGCAAGGCCGCCAAGUCAUGUAUCGACUGCACCCAUCACCGCUGGUACUGUCGCCCCAGCAAGCGCACCCACCUGUGUGGCGCGUGCCAGCGCAACUGUGGCGGUAUUGGCCAGAAACCGCUCGUCUGCGAAGCGUGCCGGCUGUGGGUGCACAAGGGCUGCAUACACGAUGUGCAGCAGCCCUGCAAGUGGACCAUCUACGAGAGCAUCCCAGAGGAGUUUCGCUUCGAGAGCGACAUCUGCCACCAGUGGACCGCUCGCCCCACCACGCGCGCAUGUGACGUGUGCACAAAGGCCAUUGACGGGCCGGCGCAGUUCUGCCUCUGGUGCAAGCAGACGGUGCACGGCGUCUGCCGCAUGGCCCUCCCGCGCACGUGCAACCUCGGCAAGCACUCCCUCUCCAUCAUCCGGCCGUGCGACAUCUCCCGCAGCGUGACGCGCAUCGCAGAGGUGUCCCCGCUCGGGCAGUACGUGGUAUCGCCCCCACGGAGCGCCAACCCGCUGAUUGUGUUUGUGAACACGAAGAGCGGGAGCAACGACGGCGUGAGCAUCCUGCGCAUGAUGCGCUUCUUCCUCAACCCGGCGCAGGUGUUUGACCUCAGCCACGGCGGGCCCGCCGCAGGGCUGCGCAUGCUGCAGGACCGCCCGUCAUUCCGGGCACUCGGCUGCGGCGGCGACGGAACAAUCGGAUGGAUCCUCCAUGAGGCUGACAAGCUGAACAUCCGCAACUGCCAGCUGGCGGUGCUGCCACUGGGCACGGGCAACGACCUUGCACGCGUGCUUGGGUGGGGCGGCGCGUACAACAGCCCGCACCCGCGCGAUCUCUCAGACUACCUCGACGCCGUCGAGAAGUCAAAGGUCUCCAUCCUCGACAGGUGGAGCGUGCGCAUUGUGCCGCACGAGGUGCCGGACGUCGAGUCCGACGAAGCGGAGGUGGAAUCCGCGUCCACCAACGAAGACACCACGCCCACCCCUGCAGAGGCCGAGGCAACAACAUCGUCAUCAGCAACACAAGGUUCAGUGGCAAAGGACAGCGCUACUGCUGCUUCGAGUGCGAACAUCACUGUGACCGAAGAUGACGAUGGUGAUGACAAUGAUGAACGUGGGGAUGGGGAUGACGAAGGUGCAAAAGCCGAUGGCAAGCAGAGCACCGAUGCGUCAAAUCUCAGCCCAAACAGCUCACUUGGGUCCAGCCAGCAGCACCCGUCGUCCUCGGUCUCUCGGGGUUCACGCAGGUUCAUCCGGCCCCGCUUCUCAUCCGUCUCCGUGUUUCGUCGCGGCAAUUCGCAGGCGCGGUCGAAGCGGCAGCCGUUCAAGGAGGGCCAGCGCGCCGUCAAGCUCGGCUACCACAGGGCCGUUGCCCUCGGAGGCACGCUGCUUGAGGAGCUGCGGGCGCUGCUGUCCAGCGUCCCUGCCGACCGCGUCAGUCGGCGGUCCUCCGAGCUGGAGUUCAUGUCCCGCGAAACCAGCCAGCGCUCCUCCACCGCCACGCUCGUGUCCGGUGGCGAUUUCGCCCACCUUGCCAUCACCGUGGCCAGCCUGCACUCCGCCCUCGCACAGCUCGCGUCCACCGUCGCUCUCAGCGCAAGCUUUGCGCGCGACUCGUCAAGCCGGGCGCAGGAGGCGCUGGAACGCGCAGACGCCCUCGCCCAGACCAUCGACUACCACAAGCCAAUCUGGCCAACCGUGACGGCGGGGCAGAAGCGGCGAGUGCUUGAGCUCAUGUGUUCGGCAACGGAGCACAUCCUCGACACCCUCAGCGUCUUCAUCGCCGCACACGUCGGCAUGUCACUGGUGAAGCGGCAGCUCAAGUCGACCCAGGGCUCAGAGACGUCUGUGAUGAACAACUACUUUGGCAUCGGCCUCGACGCAAAGAUUGCGCUCGACUUUGAUCAGCUGCGCAAGCACCAUCCAGAGAAGUGCAGGUCGCGGCUGAAGAACAAGAUGUGGUACGGGGUGAUGGGUGCGCGUGAGAUGGCGGCGCCGUCCUGCAAGAAUCUCCAUCGUCGCAUCAAACUCGAGUGCGACGGCAAAGUCAUCAAGCUGCCAAAGCUGCAGGGCAUUGUCAUCUUGAACAUCAACUCCUACAUGGGUGGCGUGGAUCUGUGGGGCCGGCCAAGUUCAUCCAGCAGCCUCAACUCGCAGAGCUUUGAAGACAAGCACCUGGAGGUGAUCGCCGUCCGCGGAUCUUCAGAGAUGGCUGCAGCGAAGACGCUGCCCGGGUACAACCCACGGCGGCUGUGCCAGGCAAAGAGCAUCACCAUCAACAUCCAAGGGAACGAGCCCGUGCCCGUACAGGUGGACGGUGAGCCGUGGAUGCAGACGCCAGCCGUCAUCCACAUCACACACAAGAACAGCAUGCAGCUCCUCUCCCGCGACAAGGCGUUUCUGGAGCUGUACAAGGGCUGGACGGAUUCGACGAACCAACGCGACGACACGGAUGACAUGAUCACCACCUUCCAGCGUGCCGUCGAACGCGUGCUUGAGUGCGUGCGCGCGAAACCCGACGUGCCCGCGGAUGUGCUUGAGCUUGUGUCCACUGUUGACACUGUCAGGGAAUCGGCAAAUCUGGAUUCUGAUGGUUUUACGCCGUUCAAUGCCGUCGAAUACAUUGACGCUGUCGACAUCCUCAGCUCGCGCUUGCAUGAGGUGUAUGGGAUCCCCACGUUUGAGCCAGCCACCAUGCCUGCACUCGACACCAACAACGACGACGAUGACGACGAUGCUGACGAUGAUGACAACGAUGACGCUGCCUGUGGUGGCGAUGAGCGUGCUGGCGUCGCUGGCGCCCGGCCGCGCCUAGAUAUGGAGGGCGACGACGUGACUGCGCCGUGCCGGCUGACGGUGCUGGAUGCGCAGCUGCGGCUGCUCUCGUCGUACAUUGACGAGGAUCCGGCAUCCCGGACGCCUCCAAAGGGCUCCAAGCGCGGAUCCCGCGUGGCGUCACGACAGCCCACCACCCGCGCAGGCACCACACCCGCCACGACAACUGCCGCACCUGCGACCACAGGCAGCAACAGCAACGGUAACAGCAAUGGCGGCAGUGGUGUGAGCGUGCACAGCAGCACGAGUGCGCGUGACACCGAGCCGCCUUCGCGCGCAUCCGUGUACAGCACAACCUCUGUGGGCUCUGCCACGGAUGUGGCGGUGGCACGCGAUACAGGCAAUACCAUGCUCUCUGAUGUGGAGGAGGAGGAGCACGAGGACGAUGAUGAGACGACGGAGAAGACGCAGGGCGGCGGUGGAGAAAAAGAGCAGAUGGUGAAGACCGAACAGGGUGGUGGCAGUGAUGACACGACUGCUGCUCCUCCUGUCGAUGAGAAGGAUAAGAAGAACCUUGAGGUGCCAGGUGGAUUUCCUUAGGUUGAGCGCGCGUCUCAGAGUUUGUUCGUCGCCGUGCCGUGUCGUGAUAUGGCCGUGGCUCUUUGGCUCUUUGGUGGCUCUUUGGCUCUUUGGCUCUUUGGCUCUUUGGCUCUCUGUCUUUUGCGUGCGUGUUGUGUGUGUGCGUGUGUGUGUGUGUGUUUGAUGUUGCUGUGUUGGCUGAUUGAUGAUGCUACUGUUGUUGCGGACUGGUUUUCCUUCAUUCCUGCCUAGCCUCUUCUUUGUUGUUUGACUGCACUUGUUUCCUUCGCGUGUUGCAUAGCGAGAAUGAAGUGAAGAAACACACCG